AUGAAUGCUCCUCUCUACCUGCUGACCGCCGCUCACCUGCUCUGCGCCGCCGGAGCAGAGCAGGUCUCUCUGGAGGAGAAGAUCCGCUCCGGACGCAGGACCUGCAGGCUGUACUGCAGGGUUGGGAUCGGCUUCCAUCUCCAGAUUCACCCCGACGGCAGAGUGAACGGCAGCCAUGAGAACAACCAGCUGAGUGUCCUGGAGCUCUUUGCGGUUUCUCAGGGGGUCAUCGGCAUCAAAGGGGUCUACAGUAACAGAUUCCUGGCCAUGAAUAAAAGAGGACGGCUCUACGCCACCGAAUGGUUCACAGAAGACUGUAAGUUCAGGGAGCGUUUCCAGGAGAACAGCUACAACACUUACGCCUCGGUGAUCCACAGGAACCACAGGACCGGUCGCGACUGGUUCGUGGCCCUCAACAAGCGAGGGAAAGCCAAAAUGGGCUCCAGCCCGCGGGUCAAACCCCAGCACGUCUCCACUCACUUCCUGCCCCGGGUCGGCCUGCACGACCAAGGCGAGCGAGGCUUCACCAUCACAGAGAGGAGCAAAGAGAGGAGGAGAACGCCGCCGCCGCCGCCUCCUCAACUGGCCAAUCCUCCUCUGGCGAAGGCCGUCCAAGCAGGAGCCGGACCGAGACGUACGCAGGUCAAGUACUGGCCCAAGUACCGGUUCGGAUAG